AUGAAAACAAUGGCAACGAGACAGAGGUGUAAACGUUCCCCAGCAGGCCCAGAUUUGGAACAUGUGAUAAAGAGGUUAUUGUGCGUCCGAACUUUUCACACAAGAAUCGGAGGAGCUUUAACACCAGGAAUAAUAAACAGAGGAAGGCCGGCUAAUGCAGAGCAGAUGGGCCCGCAGAGUAGAGCUGAGCAUUUCACCGCCUUUCCCCUUGGACCCUGGGACUCGAAAUCACCUAAUGCUCGUUUCCUUUAG